AUGGGCGAGCAUAAUCUCCUUAAUCCUGGGUUUGUGGGACCUUUGGUAAACAUCCACACUGGAGACACGUUCUACUUCCCGAAUUUUAGAGCCUCAGGGGGACAACUGGCGGGGCUACCGUCUCUCUCGUACCCAAGAAGGGACAAUGUCUGCUCCCUCCCCUGGAACCCAUCGGAGUCGUGCAAUGGAUAUCCUCAGUCCUACUUCGGCAGUCCCGUGUCCAUUAAUCCGUCGUUCAAUCGCUCCUGCGGUGAAAUAGCUCGGCCCGAGGACAAAUGUUAUUACGGCAACGGCGGCACGAGCCGAGAGGCUUGCUCGGACGGCAACAGCCUCAAACGAGAGGAGAGGGCGCGGGAUACAUCAGUAUCUUCCGAUCACGGGGUGCACAAUGGGAUGGGCAACGGUGGCACCUUCACCAAAUACGACUACGGCGCCGAGCAUCUGACCCAAAACCCGCCGUCCUGCCAAUCUCUGGAGUCCGAUUCCAGCUCGUCGGUGCUCAAUGACGGAGGAAAAGGCUCGGGCAGCGAUCCACAGACCCUGGUGUCGCCGGGGAACCACACAAGCAAUAUGUCCACAGGAGGAGGUGCCCCCUGGUACCCGAUGCACACCAGGACCCGCAAGAAGAGAAAGCCCUAUUCGAAGCUGCAGCUGGCCGAGCUGGAGGGCGAGUUCAUGCUGAACGAGUUCAUCACCAGGCAGCGGCGGAGGGAGCUGUCAGACCGGCUCAACCUCAGCGACCAACAGGUCAAGAUCUGGUUUCAGAACCGGCGAAUGAAGAAGAAGAGACUUUUGCUGAGGGAGCAGGCUUUGUCCUUCUUUUAA